AUCGCCGACCGCUUCAUGGCCUCCAUCGAGGUCAUCACCUCCAAGGAGAAGGAGAUCACCAUCACCAAGGCCAACGGGGAGACCAGCAUCGGCACCGUCCGCAUCUGGAACGAGACGGUCUCCAACCUCACCCUGAUGGCCUUGGGUUCCUCGGCCCCCGAGAUCCUCCUCUCCGUCAUCGAGGUCUGCGGCCACAACUUCCAAGCCGGGGAGCUGGGACCCGGCACCAUCGCGGGCAGCGCCGCCUUCAACAUGUUCGUGGUCAUCGCCGUCUGCGUCUACGUCAUCCCCAGCGGCGAGAGCCGCAGGAUCAAACACUUGAGGGUCUUCUUCGUCACGGCCUCCUGGAGCAUCUUCGCCUACAUCUGGCUCUACCUCAUCCUGGCCGUCAUCUCCCCCGGGGUGGUGCAGGUUUGGGAAGCCCUCCUCACCCUCGUCUUCUUCCCCGUCUGCGUGGUCUUCGCCUGGGCCGCCGACAAGCGCCUCCUCUUCUACAAAUACGUCUACAAGAGGUACCGGGCCGACCCCCGCAGCGGCAUCAUCAUCGGCACCGAGGGCGAGCUCCCCAAGGGCAUCGAGCUGGACGGCGGCUUCCCGGCCCCCGAGCGCCGCGAGGCCGAAGGCUCCGCCUCCCCCGCCCUGCCCCCCGCCCCCACGCCGGAGGAGAAGGAGCUGGACGAAAGCCGCCGGGAGGUCAUCCAGAUCUUGAAGGACCUGAAGCAGAAGCACCCGGAGAAGGAGCUGGAGCAGCUGGUGGACAUGGCCAACUACUACGCCCUGCUCCACCAGCAGAAGAGCCGGGCCUUCUACCGCAUCCAGGCCACCCGGCUGAUGACCGGCGCCGGCAACAUCCUCAAAAAACACGUGGCCGAGUUCUCCAAGAGGUCCUCCACCCUGCUGGAGGUGCCCUCGGACGCCGAGGAGGAGGAGGAGGCCUGCAGCCGCAUCUUCUUCGAGCCGUGCCUCUACCACUGCCUGGAGAACUGUGGGUCGGUGACGCUGUCGGUGGCGUGCCAGCAGGGCGCCGAGGCCAACCACACCUUCUACGUGGACUACAAGACGGAGGACGGCUCGGCCAAGGCGGGCUCCGACUACGAGUACAGCGAGGGGACGCUGAUCUUCAAGCCGGGGGAGACCCAGAAGGAGCUGAAGAUCGGCAUCAUCGACGACGACAUCUUCGAGGAGGACGAGCACUUCUUCGUCCGCCUCCUCAACCUCCGGGUGGGCGACGCCGAGGGGAUGUUCGAGGCCGAUUCGGCCGAGCACCCCAAGGGCCGGUUGGUGGCUCCUUUGGUGGCCACCGUCACCAUCUUGGACGACGACCACGCGGGGAUCUUCACCUUCCAGGAGCGGCUGGUGCACGUCAGCGAGUGCCAGGGGGCGGUGGAGGUGACGGAGGAUGAUGAUGGUGACAAUGGUGAUGACGAUGGUGAUGACAAUGAUGAUGGUGACGAUGGUGAUGGUGAUGAUGAUGGUGACAGUGAUGAUGAUGACGACGAUGAUGGGAUGAUGAUGAUGGUGAUGAUGAUGACAAUGACAAUGAUGAAGAUGAUGGUGACAAUAGUGAUGACAGUGGUGAUGGUGACGAUGAUGGUGACAGCGAUGAUGGUGGUGAUGGUGAUGAUGGCAAUGAUGGCGAUGGUGAUGAUGGCAAUGGUGAUGAUGAUGAUGGUGAGAGUGAUGAUGAUGAUGACGCUGGUGAUGAUGAUGCUGGUGAUGACAAUGAUGAUGAUGAUGAUGAUGACGCUGGUGUGGGUGAUGACGAUGACGAUGAUGAUGACGAUGACGCUGGUGUGGGUGAUGACGAUGACGAUGAUGAUGACGAUGACGCUGGUGUGGGUGAUGACGAUGACGAUGAUGAUGACGAUGACGCUGGUGUGGGUGAUGACGAUGACGAUGAUGAUGAUGAUGGUGACGAUGAUGAUGGUGACGAUGAUGACAAUGACGAUGAUGAUGGUGAUGAUGACGAUGAUGAUGACGAUGACGCUGGUGUGGGUGAUGACGAUGACGAUGAUGAUGAUGAUGACGCUGGUGUGGGUGAUGAUGAUGACGAUGAUGAUGACGAUGAUGAUGACGCUGAACACGGUGGACAAGCUGAUCAAGAAAACCAACCUGGCCAUGGUCAUUGGCACCCACUCCUGGCGGGAGCAGUUCCUGGAGGCCAUCACCGUCAGCGCAGGGGGGGAGGAGGAGGAGGAGGAAGGGCGGGAGGAGCGGCUGCCCUCCUGCUUCGACUACGUGAUGCACUUCCUGACGGUCUUCUGGAAGGUUCUCUUCGCCUGCGUGCCCCCCACCGAGUACUGCAACGGCUGGGCCUGCUUCGGCGUCUCCAUCCUCCUCAUCGGGCUCCUCACCGCCCUCAUCGGCGACCUGGCCGCCCACUUCGGCUGCACC